UUUUUAAUGGAGGUGUGUGUGUGUGUGUGUGUGUGUGUGUGUAAGGGGGGCGGAAGGCGGGUGGGGGGGGGAUGUAAAAAGAAGAGGGACGCCGCCGGUCCGCUCGUGCCUCCAAAAGCCCAUCUGGAACGCGAGCGCGUGCGUCUUGCCCGCAUAAAUGCCUGGUCCAGAGGCGGCGGGACUGCAGGAGAGAGAAGAAGCGCGCGCGGAGCCGCGCUGCACCAACGGAUUAUUUUUUGCUGGCUCUCUCGGGGGGUCAGAGCGCGAGACCAGGAUUCUUCCUUUUAACACAUCCGGACGAUUGGCCACACGGUACCGGCUGGUGACGGCACGUUAACGGAUCAGGACUUUGAACUGGCAGGACAAAUGAAUACAAAUGAAUUUUGCGACCCGAAGGAGAGACCGCGGUACCUCUCACCUCCACGCAAAGAGAGCUCUACUCCUGUGUACUCUUCUGUGUUGCACGUGUUCUUCAGGAUUCACACAAGCGCUGUCUGAAGAUGUGGACGUGUUGCAGCGGCUGGGUCUUCGCUUUGAGCAGGGUCCUCGCUCUGUCCCGUUUGGUGUCAUCCCACUCCACUCCAGCAUCAUCCUCACAUCACGGGCGCGUGUCACUGCUGCCACACGCUCCGUAUUCCCACAGCCUUUCUCCUGGAACACCACACUCGUGCUAAGCAUACGCUCACAUCGUGCCAACUCUGCUUUCCUUUUCUCGGUUUUCUCUGGCUCACGCCUCCAGUUAGGCUUGCAGGUGUCACCGGAUGACCUUACACUCCACGCUGGGCCUGGCAACUCGGUUCGCUUUCCGUAUCACCUUCAUGAUGGCCGCUGGCACCACCUGGCCCUUGUGCUUGCUGGCCAGACAGCCACCCUGCUGCCUGCUUGUGACAACGACAGCAGUGGAACAACACAAGAGUUUCCACUACGUCCUCCGUUUCAGCAUUUGGACCCCCGGAGCACCUUCCGACUGGGCGGAAGCAGUGCUUUGCUACCUAACAUUGAACCCUUUGAGGGUGCAGUGUGCCAGUUCGAUGUGGUACCCACAGAACAGGUUAACUAUUGCAAGGCCAUUCGAAAGCAGUGCAGAGAAAAUGACACCUACCGGCCAGCAGCGCCGUCUCCCCUGCUGCCUUUACCCUCCACAAUGGUGCAGUCAUCCACAUCUAAUCACACCCUUGCAGUCAUGCCCACUCUAAUUCCCUGGACACUCCUGAAUGGCUCUGUCACACCUAGAGUCAGAACCAGCCAUGAUUCGACAGGGUUUCGAGCCACAGCGACUCCUCAAAUUCCCCCAACUCAGAUAGGAUUCAAACCGCCACCAUUGCAUGGAAACUCGGACACUGCCACACCGUCACCAACUUUCAGGGCACACAAAGAGCUAAACCAAAAAAGCCCCAAACCCCCAGCCUCCAAGCCCAUGUUGGGAAAAUCCAUCACUGACACCAAACUGACCGGAUCCAGACACACUACAGCAAAAGCUCAAGCUCAAACUGUUACUGUGAAACCGUUACACAUGUUUACAAGUCCAAAACCUGCUGUCUCAAAUCCCAUGAGUGUAUCAAAACCCAGCAGCUCAAAACACACACGCAUAUCAAAAGCCUUCAGCUCCAAACCCACCAGUGCAUCAAAACUUAACAGCACCAAACCCACUAGUGUGUCAAAACCGUCUAACUCAAAACCAAAUAGUGUAUCAAAACCUGCUAGCAUAAAACCCACAACCAUAUCAAAACCCACCCAUUCAAAACCGUUAGCCUCCAAACCAGCACUAGUGAAGCCCUCUAAACCCACAAUUCCAAAAGGGCCCCUUCCCAAACCCUCCCCUACUAAACCUCCAUUAGAAACAACCAGAAAAAAAAUCACAGGAAACGUACUGACCCCGACUGUCAGUCCCACGCAGCGCCAAUUAAACUUAUCAAUAUCUUUAUCUAACAAGAUUCCCAUUACCCCCAAGAAACUAAGCCCUUUGCCAACUAAAAAGGUCCCAAGCAGCACCAAACAGACACCCAGACACAUGCCCCCCAUGCCCAGGACCACACCUGUCAUCCCUGUUGUUUCAAAGAUGCCUCCAAUCACUCUAGUAAAACCUACCAAAAGCUCAGUGGUACAUGCUACCAUGUUGGCCCCAGAGACAGGGACAGUUCUGCCUGCUGAUGGACUUCAGGGCUGGGAUAUGGAUCUAGGACUUUUUGCUUCUCAGAUUGGACCUCCAGGGCAAAAGGGAGAACUUGGACCUGUGGGAAUUCAGGGACCACCAGGAAAACCAGGAGCACCAGGAAAAAGGGGCCCACAGGGACCACCCGGGCCACACGGCAAUCCAGGAAGACCAGGUCCCCCAGGCUUAAAGGGGAAGAAAGGUGACCCUGGACUUUCACCUGAAAUAGCCCCUAAAGGAGAAAAAGGAGAUCCUGGUAUUAUUGGUCCAGUGGGUUUACCUGGUGCAGAAGGUCAAAAGGGGCAAAAAGGCCAUCCUGGACCACCUGGUCUCCCAGGGGAAAUGGGGGAGCAAGGGCCCGAUGGAAGUGCCGGUGCCAAAGGUUAUCCUGGCAGGCAGGGGCUUCCAGGUCCCAUAGGGCCUCGCGGACCAAAAGGUGCUCGGGGAUUUAUCGGCAUCCCAGGCCUUUUUGGUUUACCAGGACCUGAUGGUGAAAGAGGUAGCUCUGGUCCUCCAGGGAAGAGGGGCACGAUGGGUACGCCGGGUUUUCCAGGUGAUUUUGGUGAGAGGGGGCCCCCAGGAGCCGACGGAGAACCUGGUAUUAUUGGUGCCACUGGCCCUCCUGGAGUACUUGGACUGAUUGGUGACAUGGGCCCAGCUGGUGUGGUUGGUUUACCAGGACUGACUGGACUAAAGGGUGUUGCUGGGAACAUGGGCGAGCCCGGACUGAAAGGUGAUAAGGGUGAAAUUGGGUUCCCUGGAAAGCAAGGGGAGAUCGGGUUCCAUGGAGACAAGGGAAUUCAGGGUUUGCCAGGGUUGCCAGGUCCUCGUGGAAAACCUGGACCUCAGGGUAGACCGGGAGAGCGAGGGCCUGACGGGGUCCCUGGACCACCAGGUCCUGAGGGUUUCCCUGGUGACAUCGGACCACCUGGACAAAAUGGGCCUGAGGGACCAAAGGGUGCACCUGGGGUCAGGGGGUUACCAGGACCUCGUGGAGCUGCAGGACGAGAGGGAGAAGAGGGCCCAGUUGGACUACCUGGACCGACAGGACUGGAGGGUAUUAUGGGCAAAAAAGGUUUUCCUGGCAAGCUCGGUCCUGAAGGAGUUAAGGGGGAACAAGGAGACACAGGCAAGGCUGGUCCGAUGGGAGAGAGAGGUUUGGUUGGCUUUGUGGGGCCAGUGGGGGAACCUGGACUGGCAGGAGAAAAGGGCGAUCGAGGAGAGACAGGACUGCCAGGACCACCAGGCGAAAAAGGAUCUAUCGGACAUCCAGGGACUCCUGGAGAGGCCGGUGCUCCUGGACCACCAGGUUCCCCAGGAGCUCCUGGAUCACAAGGUCCUGCUGGCACUCGAGGGCCAAAGGGAAGACGGGGCCCACGAGGGCCAGAUGGUCAGAUUGGCGAGGCUGGCACUGAGGGCAAAAAGGGUCUCAUCGGUCCCCCUGGAAAAGCUGGGUUUCCUGGAGAGCAGGGGAAGAUUGGCGAGCCAGGAGAGACAGGGCCGAAAGGAUUUCCGGGAAUCCAAGGGCCUUCUGGAGCUCCAGGAGAAAAAGGGAUUGCAGGAGAGCCAGGACCCCCAGGAAUACCAGGAACAAUAGGGCCUCUUGGAAACAUUGGACCAAUGGGUCCACCAGGAAAAGUGGGAGACAUGGGCGUCCCUGGUGAGCCAGGAGAGAAGGGUGCGGCGGGAGCCGACGGGAGUGCCGGAGCUCCAGGCCUCAUCGGGCCCAGGGGAGAGCCAGGUUUGGAGGGUGAACUUGGCCCAGCUGGUCCCGACGGUGCCAAGGGUGAAAAAGGUGACAUGGGGCCAGAGGGUGAACCUGGUACCAGGGGUGACCCAGGGAUCAAAGGCAAAGAAGGGCCACCAGGUGAUCCUGGACUCACUGGAGUCAGAGGUCCUGAAGGGAAGCCAGGGAAAAUGGGUGAGAAAGGGAAGCCUGGCCUCAAGGGUGCAAAGGGCAACAUGGGACAUCUGGGUGUGACAGGAACAGCAGGGAAACCCGGGCCAGUUGGAACCAUUGGACCAAAAGGAUCAAGAGGAACUACUGGACCUGCGGGUGCUCCAGGCCGGAUGGGACAACAGGGGGAUCCAGGUCUAGUAGGGUAUGAGGGUCACCAUGGGCCACAGGGUCCUAUAGGGCCUCCAGGACCAAAAGGUGUAAAGGGCGAACAAGGAGAUGAUGGGAAAAUAACAGGUCCUCCUGGUUCCCCUGGAUUUCGAGGUCGCGUCGGUGACCGAGGUGACCGAGGGGAGCCAGGAGAUCCAGGAUACCCAGGUCAGACGGGGGUGGACGGACUUCGAGGAAAAGCUGGUGCACCUGGAUUACCUGGUCACCCUGGUCCUCGUGGACAACAAGGCCCCAAAGGAUCAAAAGGGGAACAGGGUCAAAAAGGUAAACAGGGUCAGCAAGGAGAACGUGGAAGUAGAGGAGCACCGGGUGAGGUUGGCUUGCCAGGCCCAAGGGGUGUGAUUGGUCGAGAGGGCCGGGAGGGCGUUCCUGGAGUGGAUGGUAUUCCAGGGAAGGACGGAAGUAAAGGAAUACCAGGUGAGCAAGGAGACGAUGGAGAGGUCGGGCUUCCGGGGAAAUCUGGAGCAAGGGGGAAAGUUGGUGUUCCAGGUUUACCAGGAGAUCAGGGUUCAUUUGGCCCAAAGGGUGAGCGAGGUCUCCCAGGUCAUCCUGGUCCUUCAGGGAAAAGAGGAUUUAAAGGAGGAAUGGGACUGCCAGGAGCUCAGGGAGAUCCAGGGCCCAAAGGACAGCCAGGAGAUGUCGGAGAGCCUGGUUUUCCAGGGAUACUAGGAAUAUUUGGUCCAAAGGGGCCUCCGGGUGACUUUGGGCCUAAAGGUAUUCGUGGACCUAAAGGGCCCCCUGGACAAAUGGGUAAAGUGGGGGUGACUGGUCCUGUUGGUAUAAUCGGCCCAGGUGGCAGUCCUGGUCCUAGAGGAGAUUCUGGUAGCAGAGGAGAAAUGGGUGCUCAGGGGCCGAGGGGUGCUCCUGGACGUCGCGGGCCUCCUGGUUUACCAGUAAGAGAGAUCUUUAUGUACUCUCAUAUUUCUUUCUGGCCUACAUGCACAUAUGAACAUGCACACAGACUUAAACCCACACACCCCACUCUCCUCCUUCACUCCACUCUCUGUCUGUCUGUCUCUCUCUCUCUCUCUCGCUCUCUCUCUCAGAUGGAGGAUCAGAUGGAUUUUCCCAUGGAUCAAGCUCCAGCAAUCUUACAGACACUGCACUAUCUGAGUUUGCUAGUUCUCAGUCUGAAGAAUCCACUAGGAACACGGGAUCAUCCGGCUCGCCUCUGCCGAGACCUUAUAACCUGCCAACACAAAUUCAUCGAUGGCACUUAUUGGAUCGACCCAAACCUGGGCUGCCCGUCUGACUCUAUAGAAGUGACAUGCAACUUCACAAGAGGCGGGCUCACCUGCCUUCGACCAAUUACUGUGUCCAAGCUGGAGUUCAGAGUCAGACACGUCCAAAUGAACUUCCUGCAUCUGCUGGGUUCAGGGGCAGAGCAACGUAUCACCAUCCACUGUCUUAACAUCACCAUCUGGAGCUCCGCCCCCACUCAGACUCCUUCCAAGAAUGCCGUGAGGUUUAUGGCAUGGAAUGGAAUGAUGCUGGAACCAGAAGUGUUGGAGGACACAUGCUGGCGACGUGAUGGCCGCUGGAGGAAUGCUGUCUUUCUGUUCAGAGUGACGGACGCCUCGCUGCUUCCCAUCACAAACAUCGCUGAUCUGCCAAAAACUGCGUCCAUGUCACGCUAUCACCUGGAGGUCGGACCUGUGUGCUUCCUGUAAUGUGUGUAAACGUGAAUUGGUAUGCAGUGUUAUGUGUGUCCACUUCCUUGCACACUAUAACCGGCUGAAGCUAUCCACGUCACAGCCGCAUUAGUAUUCAGCCACUGAUUGGACUGCAGAAACAGGAAGAAGGUGGUGUGACCGGGGCUUCUGGGGGAUUUAGCACUAGAAGACUGUGGAGGAGAAAUCCACCUUUCGGGCCUCAGAUGUCAUAUGAGAGAAGACUCCAAGAAUAUGACCCAGUUUGCAUAGUGCACUAGAUUCUAAAACUUGGAGCAUUGGAGAAAAAGGAAAUGUCCCUGGGCUUCAUGUCCUUGAAUCCAAGAUCCCGAAGGCAUCCAAACAUCAGAAGCACUCUCCAAGUCAGCUUCAAGUCAGUAACCAAGGAGCAUGCUGUGAGUGGAUAAGGGUUGUUGUUGUUGUUGUUUUUUUGUUUUUUUUGGCUAAACUGUUUGCUCCAAGCCUGUGAAAUUGUAUCUGCACAGCAAAAAAAAAAAAAAAAAAAAAAAAGAAGAAAGAAAAAAAAGCUCUAUUAGAAAGCUAUCUGCUUCUUCUCUCUUUACAUAAUGUGCAUAAUUAUUAUCAUGUAUACAGUGCAUUACUUUUUAGCUAAUCUAACCCAAUUGAGAUAUUAUUCAAAUGCUUGGAAAUCAAAGAAGGUUGUGUUUUUGUGUGCAGGUCCAGGUGACGUAUCACGGUAGCGUCUGUAACUAGUUGACAAAUUGUAUUUUUUAAUCUGUAAAUUUAGCACUCCAGAGAAGGAUAUAAAUAUAUUGUUGUUAAAGCAAUACAUAAAAAUGCUUUACUGUUAUCUUGGGUUUUUUUUUUUUUUGGUCAUUUUGUUUUAGUUUUUUUAUUUUAUUUUAUUUUAUUUUUCUGAUAAUCAACUCCAUACUCUAUGGCAGUCAUUUUCAUCUGCAGUUCUGGGAAUCCAUUGUUCUACAGAGUGAGAAGUUUUCCCCAGUGUAGACAGACAUGUUGGGAGCGGCGAACACGUCACACGGUGCCAUGCAGCAGCUCCCCUUGAGUGCAGCUGAGAUCCCGUGCUGCUGAAUUAUAUUCGCUUUUCAAAGAAGUUAUGGCGGUGUGUGAAUUUUUGCAGGCAACUUCUGUGAAAUCCAGUUACCUCACGCUUCCUGACUUCCCGUCAUCGUCCUGCCAUUCUUGGGUCCCAUCUGUGAUAAUGUUGACCAUUUGCAUGUGACUAUGACUAAAUAAUUUGUCUUCUCCCACCUCGCCAAAACAUUGUCUUUUCAUCCUCUGUAUUUAUCAUUUUUAGACCUAUUUGCCAUGCUUAUUCAUUGCAGUCUUACAUGCUUGGUUCUGGAACUAAGAACUAACUAUUUUACAUACCUAAUAAAGAUGUUGUUACAUGCUUCACCGUGUUCUGUGAUUGUUAGUGGUCAAAAGUAAUGUCCCCAUGUCCCUAGACAACUCUCAGAUCUUACCAUCUGUCCCAGCACACAGCCUUGGGGUAACCAUGGACAAUCAACUAUCCUUCUUGUCUCACACCGUCACGUUCUUCUGGUUUCUCCUUUACAACGUCAGAAGGUUUUGUCCGUUUCUAUCCACAGAGGUGCCACGCUGAUGCCCAUUCAGUCCCUUCCCAUUUGGACACUGGACCACUCCGACACGCUCCUGGCAAGUCUCGGUCUUCCAUUUACCCUCUGCAGCUCCACGAUGCUGCCGCAUGACUUGUUUUCAUCCUUUCUUACUUCUCCCGCUCUUUUUUUCUUUGCAUGUGUUAGGAAGCUGGGGUCAGAGCACACGAUCAGUCAUGAUUUGGCGCCCCCUGGAGCAAAGAGGGUUAAGGGCCUUGCUCAAGGGCCCAACAGCAGCAACUUGAACCCCCGACCUUCUGAUCAGUAACCCAGAGCCUUAACUGUCAAGCCACCACUGGAACAUGAGUUAAGACUGAACAGAGCACUGAAAAUCCUCAAAUAAGCUCCAUCAAAGACAGUCACAGUUAUAUCCAGGAGACUAAACUGAUGAAAUAGCAUCUAACCUGACCUAGCAAAGGUGACUGCUAUUAUGGAGCUUGAUCUGCCAUCAAACAUUCAAGGUCUACAAAGAAUUCUAGGCAUGGUUCGAUGCUUUGACUGAUAUCUCCAAUACCUGUCAGAGGUAACAGAACAACCCGAUGACUUUCUUAAUAGUGACACACUCCGGAUGUAGAGUGAGGUGUACGAAGGGCUUACAGAAGGAUAAAAAGCUUGACUUUAUACGCCCUGCCACUUGUAUUCAUGAUCUUACAAACCCCAGUAUUAUCAGUGCCGAUACUAGUAGUAUGAACUUCGAUGGAAUUUCAAAGCAGCAACUUUUUUUUUUGGAGUGUGUUGCAGUCGUCAGAUUUGAAAGGAGUGUGUAUUUUCAAAAAUAAAUUCAAUUCACAAAGUGAAACAUCAAAUGAUGUGUCAGUGAUGUGUUUUCAGUAUCGUACAGGGUGAAUCGAACGUUCCGAUGACUCCUCUUGUUUGUUUUUCUGCGUUUUCCAUACUGUCCCGACUUUUUGGGAAUCGGGGUUGUAUAUUAUGAUAUAUCUUACACCAGAAGAAGCGACUGAAUUUACAGUGAUCAACAUGCCCAUCCUCCCAGCAUCACAGAUCUUCCUGAGCGCAAGCCGAAAUCGGACGGCGACACCAAACGUUAAAAGACAUCGGUUUCAUCAGUAUACGAUAUUUAUUUGUAUAUAUUACAACUGGUACAAAAUACAUCUUCAAUGCGCUGUAAAACUCUACCAAAAAUGGAA